CGACGUUCGAGAGGACGCCACGUAACGUGACACGACCAACCUUAUGCCAAGAACGAUGUUCGUUCUUCUCUGCUCUACCACACUUGCCACCAAUCCCCAAGCAUCCCAUUCCACACCUACUCUGUCGAUCGGACUAGUCAUGCGGGGGACAAAGGUCGAGAAAUGCUUCCCUCGUCAGGAGCUCAAUGACAGGGCCAAGGUGUCCAUGGUCGACUCGACACCACUUCGAUUCUACUUUCGAACAGCAGAGCACCUCUUCAAGCAGGCCAAGAUUUAUCAGAUGGAAGGCGACCUUCAGACCUCCUACAUUCUCUACAUGCGAUUCUGCAACCUAGUCAUCUCUGAACUUCAGAAGCACCCCGAUUACACUAAUCCGGAUCACAAGCCCUGGUUGCUUGCCCUCAGAAAAAGUGCAAUGACAGCCUUGAAAGAAACCGAGGCACUGAAGCCGGUCUUGGAUAAAAAGUACGAGGACUAUCAGGAGUACAUUCGACAGCGGGAAGCAAAGAUCAGAGCGCAGGCCAUGGAAGCGCAGCAGCAAUUGGAGAUGCAGCGGAAACAGAAUACAGAGAGGAACCUCAGGGAGCAGCAGGAAUUACACUGGGCUGACAACCCCCCGACUCAGACUUGGUCACUGGCCAAGGCACUUGAAGGUGUCCCAGGAGUAUACCCAGCCCAGCCGGCCCAUCGCGUUCAUUCACGCCAUCAUCAUUACGACAAUACAGUGGCAGUCAGCGAGAUCCAAUACCCCGAGCAAUAUCAACGUCAAUACCAUGGCCGGUCGGAAGCCCCGAUGCCAAGUAUCCAGCCUCAACAGCUUGUCCCAACGCCAACAGGCCCACCGCCAGCAUUACCACGGAAACCCGUCUCGCUAAACAACGCACCGAAACUGCCGCCCAAAAUCCAGAUCGAGGAAGAUGUGCAUGAAUUCUCGCGAGGAUUGAGGACUCUCAUUGUCCCUGUGCGAUUGCUGGACAGAUUCCUGAACAUUGUACGCCCCAAUACGAUUAAGAAUCUGGAGACAUGCGGAAUCUUGGCGGGUGUACUGUCUCACAACAGACUGACGGUAACAACCCUCAUUAUCCCAAAGCAAACUGCGACCUCGGAUACGUGUUCCACAACCAAUGAAGAUGAGCUGUUUGAAUACCAGAGCGAACGGGAUCUUAUGACAUUGGGCUGGAUUCAUACACAUCCAACGCAGACGUGCUUUAUGAGCUCUGUCGACCUUCAUACUCAUUGUUCAUACCAGUUGAUGCUGCCAGAGGCCAUCGCCAUUGUGUGUGCUCCGAAGCACGACAAAGACUAUGGCGUAUUCAGGUUAACAGAUCCGCCGGGAAUUCAAGUGAUCACCAAUUGUCGUCAAAAGCCGCUUUUCCAUCAGCAUCCGGGAGAGGAUGAUAUUUACACUGAUGCGUGCGACCAGGGCCAUGUGGAGCUGGUCGACCUUGACCUGGAGAUUGUAGAUCUGCGAAGGAAAUGAAUAAAGUGCCAUGUCCUCUAUAUCGUCACACAGACUUGUCGUUCUCAGCGAACUAGGAGAAGGAAAGAGAGCCGCGGCAAUUGGUUGGUUGAUCUGUCCACGGAUGAGGGGAAAGACGUGACCAAGGCAGCUGGGGUUGAAUCUUCAUCGGAGAUGGAUGAGAAUGGCACCAAUACGACCUCAAGUGUGGGGCAAGAAGAAGGACUGCUGAACCUCACUCACAUUCAAAAUUAUUCCCACGCUUCCCCCGAACUUUUCUCUUCAUCUUCCCUCCUCAUCCCUCUCUCCCUCCUCA